CAAUUAUGUAACUAAUGACAAUCUCCAAAAUCAAAGAAUAAGAAUUAGAGCAGAUUUUUUGUCAAGAUUUCGUAAGACCCACUAAAAAUCUGAUAUUUUAACGUUAAUCCAGGGAAGUGUGAAAAAAAAACAACCUAGAGAGUUAUACAUAUCUGUAAAAAUAACGAUAACAAGUAUUACUCUGUUGCAUAUGAAAGUUAUUUACAAAUAAAGAUAUUGUAAGAUCAUGCUAAAUGAAAAGCUGUUGAAGGUAAAUGAGACAAACACAUAGAGAUUCAAUUAAAUUCAGUAAUAGAGCAUUACAUAAUAUAACUAAUUAUCUGAUACACAAAGUAUGAAUUGAAUGGAUUUCUCCAUUGCAUUUUAUUUGAGCUGUUGAACCACUCUAUGUUGAAUGGUGUUUAAAUAUACCCGUUUGUUUGUCUGCUUACCACUUAGCCGGUAGCCAUUCACCAUAGCCGCCAUGAAACGGGAUAACUCAGGAAACAACCAAGAUGGUCCUCCGUCAAAAUUCCAGCGUUCUUCCGUUGAUUUAACAAAUGUUUCCAUCAGAUUUCUUAUUCCUGGGAGGGCUGCAGGGAUAAUGAUUGGGAAGGGUGGGGAAAAUAUCAAAAAAAUACGGUCACAGGUUUGUUCUUUCAUAAUUCAUUUAGUGACUUGCUCAAUCGCUGUUUUGGCACCAACUGACUCGAUUCUUUGUUUUAUAUUCUUUACGGUUCCUCCACCUUCCGGACACUUACUCGCUGAAUCUGGUCAAUCUCCUCUGAUAACCCAAUGGUUUGGGUUGGUACCACAUGCCUGCCUUAUUCUCAAACUGAUGACUCUGGCUCACUGAAACCGGCCCUGCUUUAUCCCAUUUAUUGUCUCAGUAUAACGUCAAGCUGAAUAUUCCCGACAGCAGAGGCCCUGAACGGUAGGGUAACCCAGAAACUUAAUGUCACCUUGAUGUCUAUUCGGUCGAUUAAUUAGUUUGCCUAAAUUGUUAUUUUCAUGUUUUUGGUUCAUUAAUGUAUUUGUAAAGCCCUUUUUGGAUAUGAUUUGCAAAGUCAUUCCUGACUGCUUAACUACCAGCUAACCCACGAGUUACUGUUGUAACUGGAAAUCCCAGUGACUUAGUCAUUCAUUCAAUUCUAUUGUGUAAAAACCUAGACAAGUUUUGAUGAUAACCCUCAGACGGUUGUCUAGUUCUCCAAGCCCUCCACGACUGUCACUAUAUGGAAGGGUGUCAUGAGCUUCGUUAUACGAUUAAAGUUUUUGUUUCCUUCCUUCUUUCCCAUACUAACUUGAUUUUUCUCCGAUAGGAUAAUGACUAUCGAAGGUGACCUGCAGGCUAUCUGCAGCAUCAUGCGCGAUGUUUGUCCGAAACUGAAGGAUAUAAUGAAUGCCAAACUUUCCGACCCUAAACGCAUAAUGGGUGCCCAAGGAUCUCGACGCCGCCCGAGACGAAGUGAAGAUCCAGAGCGAGAUGAUGAGGAAGACGAAAACAUGAUUGACUUCAGAAUAUUAGUGCACGAAAGCCAAGCUGGGUCUGUAAUCGGUCGAGGCGGUGAACGUAUUAAGGACCUUCGUGAUAAAUACAAAAUGCGUGUUAUCAAGGUGUACCAGAUGUUGGCUCCGUUAUCUACUGACCGAGUUGUACAGAUGGUUGCUGACCCAGACAAUGUCGUCCAAUGUUUGAGAGCUGUGAUAGAAGCAGUAGAGUCUGCUCCUCCUCGUGGCCGCCGUGAAGAUUAUGACGCUGCCAACUUCAGUGAAGGUGAUGCUCUCAACUAUGGCGGUUGGUUGUCUCGAGAAGCUGCAGCAGCACUCGCUCAAGGAAUGCCUCUCCGCGGACCUGGGUGCAUGCCGCCGAUGGGUUAUAACAUGGGAGGUCCGUACAUGAUGGGUGCUAGUGAAAUGGGGCCGAUGGGUGGCGGUAUGGGCCCUAUGGGAGGAGGAAUGGGACCAGGUGGAGGGAUGGGUCCUAUGGGUGGCGGACCGAUCCCUGGAGGUCGCGGUAGAGGACCUCGCUCCGGCGGCGGAAUGAUGAGUGGAAGCGCGCCCCUCGCUCAAGGCCAACGAGGAAUGAUGGGCUCUUCAGGCCCUGCACCCGUUCCCCCUCCUGCCGGUCGUAACAGCUCGAUGGGUCCUCCAGGUGGUUAUAGUAGUUCCACAGACGGAGGCUACGGUGGUCAAGGCGGAUAUGACGGGUCAGGAGGAUUCGACAACGGAGUAUACGGAGGCAUUGACCAGACUGGACAGGGAGGAUUCAGUGGCCCUGGAUACGGUGGGUCGGGCAACAUGGCUUCCGGAGGUUACGGUGGAUCUGGGUAUGGUGGGAGCCAGCGUGGAUCGGGUGACAUGGCAGGUGGUCAAAGCGCUUCCCGCGGCGGCACCUAUGGUGGGUAUGGAAGUAUGGGAUCUGGCGAGCAUGUUGGAGGCAAAGCCAACCAGUGGUAUGGCGGAUGGUCUUAAACACUUACUUGCAUUUAAUUUCAGUAAAAUAUACCUGUUAAUAAAUAACAAUC